AUGAUCGAGGAACACCGUAAUGAUGCAUACUGGAUUGAAGCCUUUCAACCCGACGAUCAAACUCCUGUUGGGUUCAUAGCUUAUGGACUUGCUCGUGGAGAAGUCAAUCUUUAUCCAAACCCGUACAUAAAUACAGGAAACACUAAACCGAUUCUUAUCCAAAAACUUCUUACUCCUGUUGCUAUGGAUCAGGCUGAUAUUUCAGGUGAUGGAUUUAAAGACAUUAUUAUCUGUUUUGACUAUGGAAAUUCAAUAAUCGAUUUCAAUCCCGAUGGAGGACACAUUGUAUGGUUAGAAAAUCCAGGAAAGAAAAAUGAAACAGAACCGUGGAAACGGCAUUAUGUUGGAAAAUCAGCGACAAUGCACAGACUUAGAGUUGGUCAUUUCACGCAGACUAAACGCUGGGAGAUUAUAGGUUUGCCUGUCGUAAAUGGACCAUUUGAUGUACCAGUACCUAUGUUGUUAUGUAGACAGCCUGAUAAUGUGCUAACUGCUAAAGCAUGGGAUUGUGAAACUAUUGAUAAAGAAUUUUCUCAUUUAAUUCACGAAGCUAAAAUGUUUAAAAUUGAUUCAUUGGAUCAACUUCUUGUUGCAUCACGGGAAGGUCUUAUUUGGCUUUACUAUGAUAAAAACUCAGGGGAGUGGAUACUUGAGAAAAUUGCCGAUGGUGAACAGGGAGAAAAACAGCAGACAAACUAUUAUGGUAGUGGUGGUGCCGAUAUUGGAAAAGUUGGAAGUGACACCUUUGCUUAUAUUGCUGCAACUGAACCCUUUCAUGGAAAUGUGGUUUCGGUCUACACUAAAGUUACAAACAAUUCACUGUCACAAAUACAAUGGCAAAGACACAUUCUCGAUAUAUAUGGACAUCCUAAUCAAAAUGGCGAGGGUCCAACUCAUCAUGUCAUUUGUGCUGACUUUGACAAAGAUGGAGAUGAUGAAUUUUUAGUUGCACUUCGUGGACCACCUCCAAAUGAGGGUGUCUUUUAUUAUAAGCCUAUUGAUCUCUCUCGUGGUUUAUUUGCCAAAUGGAAAGUUAGUGAUGAAUCUACUGCUAGAAUCACCAUUGCAGAUUUUGAUAACGAUAGCUAUAUUGACUUUGCAACAAUAGGCUAUUAUGUUCCCGGUUAUUUCUUGGCAGAAAAUCCUUCAAUUAAUAUCUUUUACAAUCGAUUAAUCAGCAGAACACUACAAGUAAAAAAUGACUUACAAGUAACAAAACAAAAUGAUGAACUUUUUUUCACAGUUCCAAGACCAAACAAAGUAUUACAAUACCAUGCAUUGCCGUUUCUAACAAUAGGAGGUAUAACUUUAUCAUUAGAAGUUUUACCACCUUAUAGUUCGCGUCAAGUUGAAAAAAAUACCUAUAUCAAGGUUCUUUCGGGAAUCAUAACUUGGAAAGAUUCCUCCAAUAAAUCACAGCAACCUAUCAAUCAUUCACGUACAUUUUUCUGUGAACCAAAAAGUGUUUGUUCUCUUGAAAUACACAGUGAUGACAAGAGAAUCAAAACUGGAAAUGAAGGUGCACUUUUUAUUGUAUUACAAAUGGAUACAAACAUGCAUGAUAUUCCUCGAUUCAAAAAUAUUCGAAAUGUUAUUGUUGAGAAUUCAUUACCUGAAAGUUCUCCAGACGAAGCACGUAAACUUGAUUUCAAAUUUGUCAAAGUUGAUGAACUUGAAUGGGGAAAAGAGAAAUUCAAAGGUCUUGAAUUUUAUAAUAUGAGAGGCUUUGACAUUAAGUUCGCUGAUAAUAAUGAACAUCUUUGUCACUUCCAGUUUUGGGCUGCGGGAAAAGGUACUAAUGCUGGAGUGCACAAUCAUAAUACAGAUCGCUUUUGCGAAGUUCAUACUUGUAUUGUGAAUGGAAAUGGAAAUAGUGGUAUGCAUUAUCUGAAAAGCUCCGAAGAACCUUACGACCCGUUAACUACACCUGACACUGAAUUCAUCAAACAAGUCAUACCAUCGUUUCAUGAGCAAGGUCCUAUCUGGGAUAUCAAUGCAAGCAGAGAACCAGUUUUACGCAACGAUGGUACUGUUGUAUAUCCUUGGCACAAGUGGCAGUCUGGUGGCAAGGUAUCAUCAGGAUCCCUAUGCAGUGAAGUGCCACCUACUAGAAACCUAACUAUGGGUGAUUCCAGAGCUCAAGCAACAAACACAUCACAACAAAAGGCAAUACCAAAACGGCGCCAUUGUGCUUCUGCGUCACAGCAGUCAUUUGACGUUUGGAUAGUCUUUGAAUUCGCUAUUGGAAUGUCAAAGCUUCCUCAAUAA